GCCUGGAAUGUGCUGUGCUUCUCUUGGUUCCUAUCCAUAUGGCAUGCUCUCCCUCUCCCCUCUCCCUCUCUGCUGUGGAGCUGUAGCAGUCCGACACUGUUAUUGAUGUUUUUUACCCUCGACAUUUCCAUGGUAACUGUCCUGUCUAAGGUCUGAUUAGUAAGCGGGGAGCUGAGCAGAGUGUGAGAAUGGAGCUGGAGGAGAAAAACCCGGACCCUAAAUACGGGGAUUCCAGGAAGUUUGACCCAAACUUCAAAGGGCCGAUUCACAACAGGGGCUGCACAGAUAUUCUCUGCUGUAUUCUCUUCAUCAUUGCCUUGUUGGGAUACUUCGCUGUGGGUAUUCUUGCCUGGUCUCAGGGUGACCCCAGGAAAGUGAUCUACCCCACAGACAGCAGGGGGCAGUUCUGCGGACAAGCUGGAACACCUCUGGAGAAGAAGCGUCUUCUUUUCUACUUCAACAUCCUGAAAUGUGCCAGCCCUCUGGUGCUGUUGGAGUUCCAGUGUCCCACCACACAGUUAUGUGUGGAAAGCUGUCCUGACAGGCAUCUGACUCUGGUGAAAGCCAAGUUAAGUGGCAAAGAGGACCGUGAGUACUACCAACAGUAUUGUAAGGACGGAGUGGACUUUGCCAAAUUGAGCCCUCCCGAGCUCCUGAGGGAUGGCUUGUGUCCUGCCCUGCUGAUGCCCAGUAAAGCCUUCACACGCCGCUGCCUCCCUGCUCUGGGAACGUUGAAAGGCGGCGUGGUGGUGGUGGGCAAUGAGACCAUCAUUGAUGCCGGUAUGGGCAAUACUAUCAAUGCCACAGAGCUGCUGGAGGCAUCCAAGAAAUCAAAUGUGGUUGUUGAAGCUCGCCAGGUGGCCAUGAGGAUAUUUGAGGACUACACCCAGUCUUGGUACUGGAUACUGCUUGGUCUGGUGAUUGCCAUGGUCGUCAGCUUGAUUUUCAUCGUUUUGCUGAGAUUCUUGGCUGGUAUCAUGGUCUGGGUCAUGAUUAUUCUGGUUAUUCUAGUCAUUGGAUACGGGAUUUUCCACUGUUACAUGGAAUUUGCGAGUCUGAAGGGAGAGCCUGGCUCUGAUGUCACCAUCCGUGACCUUGGCCUGCAGACAGACUUCUCUGUGUAUCUGCAGAUCAGACAGACCUGGCUGGCCUUCAUGAUCAUCCUGGCUAUCGUGGAGGUCAUCAUCAUCCUGCUACUUAUCUUCCUCAGGAAGAGAAUCAUGAUUGCCAUCGCCCUCAUCAAAGAAGCCAGCAGAGCUGUUGGGCAUGUGAUGUCAUCCCUGUUCUACCCCCUGCUGACCUUUACCCUCUUGGCGGUUGUGAUUGCCUACUGGGCCAUCACUGCUGUUUUCUUGUCCACCUCUAAUGAGCAGGUGUACAAAGUGUUUAACAACUCUGAGUGUGAGUACUCACGAGACACCUGCGACCCCAAGACCUUCAACAUCUCUAACGUUUCAGCUCAGUGUCCUGAUGCAGAGUGCCUGUUUGCCUUCUAUGGUGGGGAGACCCUCUACCACAAAUACCUCAUUCUGUUCCAGUUUUACAACGUCUUCCUCUUCUUCUGGUGUGCCAACUUCGUGACGGCCCUGGGCCAGGUCACUCUCUCUGGGGCCUUUGCUUCGUAUUACUGGGCCUUCAAGAAGCCUGAGGAUAUUCCAGCCUACCCCAUUUUCUCCUCGUUAGGACGAGCCCUCAGAUAUCACACAGGCUCCCUGGCCUUUGGCUCUCUGAUCUUGUCCAUGGUCCAGGUCAUCAGGGUCAUUCUGGAGUACCUGGAUCACAAGCUAAAAGGUGCUCAGAACAAGUUUGCUAAAUUCAUGCUGAGCUGCAUGAAGUGCUGCUUCUGGUGUCUGGAGAAAUGCAUUAAGUUCCUCAACAGAAAUGCCUACAUCAUGAUUGCCAUCUAUGGGAAAAGUUUCUGUCCUUCAGCGCGGGAUGCGUUUUUCCUUUUAAUGAGAAACAUAAUCAGGGUUGCUGUUUUAGAUAAAGUGACUGACUUCCUGCUGUUCCUUGGGAAGCUCCUCAUUGUUGGAAUUGUUGGGAUAUUCUCUUUCUUCUUCUUCUCUGGAAGGAUCAAAGCAGUAGAGGAUGCUGCUCCAUCUCUUAACUACUACUGGGUGCCGAUUCUGACCCUUGUUGUGGGAUCCUACCUCAUCGCCCAUGGCUUCUUCAGCGUGUAUGCCAUGUGUGUGGACACACUGUUCCUCUGCUUCUUGGAGGAUCUGGAGCGCAACGAUGGAUCAACAGAGAGGCCGUAUUUCAUGUCCCAGAACCUGCUCACGCUCCUGAAGAAGUCCAAUGAAGAGCCCAAAUCUAUAGACUAAGCCACAGCUUUUGUGUGUGUGUGUGUGUGUGUGUGUGUGUGUGUGUGUGUGUGUGUGUGUGUGUGUGUGUGUGUGUGUGUGUGUGUGUGUGUGUGUGUGUGUGUGUGUGUGUGUGUGUGUGUGUGUGUGGGCAUGCAUGGUUGUACAUGUUAUUUUGAAGAGAAAUCUGAACAAAAGGAAGAUUCUAGUAGUAUUUCUAGGUUAUGUAUGUACAGUAUGUUUGUACAGUUGCUUCACUGACUUACAGCCUGUUAUUGAGUCUUCUGUAUUUUGUUACAAAGCCUUAAACGCAUCGUUUCACCGAUCUUGCCAAACAGAGGAGAUUUUAAUAUAGCAGGGUCCCACAUAUUGUUAAUUCAAGGGACAGUUUGAUUUAAAAUGAAUGUUGUUUUUCACUGUUUAUUGUGAAAAAUUGUUUGUGUAUUUUGUCAUGCAGUUUACAUGGCAGCUUUAAAUAGUCCAAUAUCUUUCAGUGAGAACUCCACUUGAGGUCAGUUAUAAUCUGUAAAUAUGAGUAUUAACAAACAGAUCGUUGCUUUAUCAUUCAAGCUAAGCCUAUUGCAAACAAGCUGAAGAUAAGUUAAAACUGCUGCCGUUAAAAGUUAAGUGUUAUGAAAAGCCUAUGAGAUUAAAAAUGACUCAAGUAUUAAAACUACUUAAAGUCUUUAUUUUUAAUGACUUUUGUUUUACUCCUAAAAUAUGCAAAUGUAUGUUUCAAAAUACAUUCCAACCAACAAAAGGUAUGUUGACAUUUCAGUGUUCAAAAAGGCCAGUGCAUUUAUGUCGGUAUAACAACACACAAAUAUAGCCUAAAGCAAAAGACACAAAAAUGAUAGACAGAUUAACAUGUCACAUUUGUAAGUAUGGGCUAUGGCACUCUGUCUGCGCAUGCUUCUGAUUGUAAAUCGUUUAAUUCAGCAUUAAAAGUUACAUCAUGUCUGAUUCUAAGUUUUGGUGUCUGAAAUUGAAGUAAUUGGACACAUGAAUGAUAAAUGGGGCAUCAUUUGACCCUGGGGGGAAAAAAAGAAUAUUCAAAGGAUGUUCCUUGUGUGAAGAAGAGGAAUGUUUCAGCAAAAUGUCUAUCAGGGAGAUUUUAUUUUGCUGCCAACCUGACACCUGAAAAUAAAAUAUGAAAUGGUUUGCUUUA